AUGCAGUACUGUGCUGGCCGCAAUUUGGCGGACUAUCUGGCUGUUCCAAGCCGCCCGAUGGAGUUGUCGAGAAUGCUCAAGAUUUUUGUGCAGAUUGCAAGUGCACUGAUGCACGUACAUUCUUGUGGACUGAUUCAUCGUGAUUUGAAGCCAGCAAAUAUUUUCGUUGCUGACGUAGAGAGAGACGAGAUUAAGUUGGGGGAUUUUGGCUUAUCGCGCUACGCUGCGAAUGCAAGCAGCCUGAAUGCCUCGACAAGUCUUGAUGAUCCCCAACAAGGAUGUCUUUCCAAUGGUGUGGGGGACACUCCUCUAUCUAUGUCGGUAUGGUCGAACAUGUCGGAGAGUACUGAGGUGACUGCGGGUGUUGGCACGUAUCUCUAUGCAAGCCCAGAACAAGUAGCGGGGAAAAAGUACAACGCGAAGACGGACAUUUACUCAUUGGGGAUGAUUCUCUUUGAGCUGUGUCACGACCGCUUUGGCACGACAAUGGAGCGAUACAUCACUCUCCGUGAUGCCCGAGACAGUAAGUUCCUUGCUUGUAACGGGGCACCCUGA